CCGCCCCAUUGAAAUGUCACUACACUCUUGUCAUCCAGUGGGCAGCGAAUGAAUCUUUCGUCACUGACAGGCGCUUGGACCAAUUACAUCGACCUGACGCACGAAUUUGACCUUUGACCACAUGACGUCACAGAGAAGCGCCACUUUUAACAAUACUGUUAUGUAGGUGUGCCGCGUACAUUUACCAAGCGCCUCACUGGCGUUUAAACUAAAAUGCGGUCCUGGCAGUUUGCCGUUUUGUAGAACGGCGCAGCAGUUUGGAAAGAACACUCUUUCCUGCUGAGUCCGAGUUACUAGUAGGUUCCGUCUCUAACGGUAGCUGCUGGCUGGUGUGACGGCGGAGACGCGGCGGGGACACCGGCGCCUGCAAUGAUGAUGAGCGCGGGAUUUCAGAGGACCUUGUUUCAGACGUGGGGCGGCUCGCUGUCGCGCUCCGCCGAGCCGUGCAAAGCCUUGGAAAACUCCGCGAGGGGGCGGAAAGCGACCCGGAGACGGAACAGCAGCAGCAAGAAAAAGAGCAGCGGAGCUCCGCGCCCAGCGAGCCGCGCCGAGGCCGAGGCUCAGGUUGAUGGAGCCCUCGGCGGAACGCCGGGGAACGCCGCCGGUGAUGGGCCCGGGGGCGAUGGCGAUGGUGCGGAGGAGCAGGUGGAGGUGGAUGGUAACGACGACGGCGACGAUGACGACCUGAUCCUGGUCGCUGUCUACGAAGCGGAGCAAUGCCUGCUGCAGCGCGAGGAGGAGCGCCGCGCGGGCGACGACGACGGCGGCGGCGGCGCGGCUUUCCCUGGCCUCGACAGCUCCGCAGCCCGUGUGUGGAUCUAUCCCACGAACUACCCGCUGAGGGAGUACCAGCUCAAGAUCUCGGGGGCCGCGCUCUUCCACAACACGCUGGUGUGCCUGCCCACGGGUCUCGGCAAGACCUUCAUCGCCUCCGUCGUCAUGUACAACUUCUACCGCUGGUACCCGUCGGGCAGGAUCGUGUUCAUGGCGCCCACGAAGCCGCUGGUGGCGCAGCAGAUCGAGGCGUGCUUCAGGGUCAUGGGCAUCCCGCAGGACCACAUGGCGGAGCUCACAGGCAGCACGCAGGCACGCAGCCGCAGGGAUCUGUGGAGGUCGCGUCGCGUGUUCUUCCUGACCCCCCAGGUGAUGGUGAACGACCUGUCACGACAGACCUGCCCUGCCGAUCAAGUCAAGUGUGUGGUGAUCGAUGAAGCUCACAAAGCUUUGGGGAACCACGCCUACUGCCAAGUGGUCAAGGAACUGGCCAAACAGACCCGACAGUUUCGUGUCCUGGCCCUGAGUGCCACCCCAGGAGGAGACAUCAAGGCGGUCCAGCAGGUCAUCUCCAACCUUCUGAUCUCCCACAUCGAGCUGCGCUCUGAGGAAAGCCCUGACAUCCAGGCUCACUGCCACCAGCGGAGCCUGGAGAAGAUCGUGGUUCCCCUGGGGGACUCUCUGGCCAGCUAUCAAGCUCGCUACCUGCAGGUCCUUGAGAAGUUCAUGGGCCGCCUGACUCAGAUGGGUGUCCUGCCCAAACGGGAUUUGCGCUUCCUCACCAAAUACCAGCUGAUCUUGGCCCGAGAACAGUUUCGCAGCAACCCACAUCCUCACAUUGUGGGAGCUCAUCAGGGGGUCCUGGAGGGAGACUUUGCCCUGUGUAUCAGCCUGUGCCAUGGCUAUGAGCUUCUGCUCCAGAUGGGCCUGCGCUCACUGUUUCUCUUCACCCAGAGCAUCAUGGAUGGCACCAAGGAAAUGGCCCGAGCCAGAAACGAGCUCCAGCGAACAAAGCCUUUCAUGGAUCUCUACCACGAAUUGGAGGCCUUGUUCUCCAAACCCAGUGCAGGAGCGGAUGUCCCCUUUGUCUAUGGCCACCCCAAACUGCAAAAGCUGGAGGAAGUGGUGCUACAGCAUUUUCAAACGUGGUCACGGAGCCCAGCCAGUGACUUGCUGUUGCCUCCUUUCAUUGUUUCAAAAGCAAUUCCUGGUCCUGCUGACACAAGAACACGCGUUAUGAUCUUCUCCUCAUUCCGUGAGAGCGUGCAGGAGAUUGCUGCAAUGCUGAAUCGCCACGCUCCCCUUAUCCGCGUCAUGACCUUCAUGGGACAGGCCUCUGCUGGCAAGGGGGUGCGUGGCUUCACCCAGAAGGAGCAGCUGGAGGUUGUGCGGCGGUUUCGUGAUGGCGGAUUCAACACACUCGUGUCCACCUGCGUUGGCGAAGAAGGCCUGGACAUUGGGGAGGUGGACCUCAUUGUGUGCUUUGAUGCACAGAAGAGCCCGAUCCGGCUGGUCCAGCGCAUGGGCCGCACCGGUCGACGGCGCCAAGGCAGGAUCGUGGUCAUCCUGGCGGAGGGGCGUGAGGAGAGGACCUAUAACCAGAGCCAGAGCAACAAGCGCAGUGUGUACAAAUCCAUCAUGGGGAAGCAGCACACCUUCCACAUGUACCCCAACAGCCCACGCAUGCUACCCGACUGGGCACGUCCCACUCUGCACAAGAUGUUCAUCACCUGCGGGCAGUUUGAGCCCCAGGACAUGCGGCGACGGUCGUCCCGGGGUUGGAGGGCAGGCGCUGCGACCCAUGAGCCUCUGCUGCACUGCGGAGCUCUAGGUGGUAGACUGGGCAGUGUGAGAGAGGAUGGGUUUCUCACCCCCUCGGAAUUCUCCCUCUGGGCUUCAACUAUGCGUCUGGAUGAGGAAGAGCCACAGCCCACCCUUGGUCACUCCGACUUCCUGUCAUUCAAAAGCGAUGCCCCCCCCAAAGAGAGAGAAGUUGGAAGACUGGUUCGGGAGCUAUCCCUGGGGGAAUGGAGGUGCUGGCAGAACCGGUCCUUCCCUACAUACCGCAUUGAGCACUCAAACCGCUGUCAGCACUUCAUAGAGAUCAUGGCACUCCUCGACUCCAUGCGCCAGGAGGAGGGAAGCAGCAGCUAUGACUCGAGGCUCAGGCCCUAUCUCCGUAGAGAAGAUGUUGUUGACGUCAAUGGGCUGGACAAGCUCACCAAGACAGACAGGGAAGACAAGUACAAAGUCACCAGGGCUCGAAUGGUGCAUGACACCAACAGGCAGAAGUCCUUCUCCAGCUUCGCUUUCUGUGCAGAAGAGGAAGAUGGUGACUUUGUUCUACAGGGUGGAGGUGCCUGUGAGCAUAAGAUAAUGAGUGAGAAUUUAGAGUCACCAUGUACCAUAAUAAAGGAGAAAGCCCCUUCAGAAAAUGAUAGGGGAGACAAUCAUGAAUCCAAGGAUGAGGACCUACCCUGUGUUUUUGAGAGCCCAGCUAUGGAUGCUGGUUUGAAUCCUGAAUGUGCUAUAAUCACCAAUGAGGAUGGGAAAGCGAAGUCUUUAAUGCUGGAGAAGAGUUUAUCUGAUGACGAGUCGAGUAACUUGCAUCCAUCACCCAGACUAAAGUCUGGUGGUGGUUGUGGCGAUCUUCAGGACAACUCUCCCUCCGAAAUUGAAGUCUUGUUUUAUUUGCCAGACUGGGGUGCCAUGCGAAAAGCACUGACCCCCAAGGGAACCUCACAGACUGUCAGGGCUGUUUUGGACAAUGUCAUGGAGCUUCUGUCAAGAUCACCACCUCAGGACUUUGAGGGCUCAGUGUAUGAGAGCAGAGACUGCCUAGGUGCUAAGCUGCUAAAAUCCUUAUCCAAAACACAGGAGUGUGGUAAUCAACUCCAAGAGAACUUCUUCCCUGAGGCUGAAUUUGGGCAUGAGGUAUCAAGUGAUUUGGCUUUGCCUGACAAGCAUACAAAAGAGCCUUCCCAGGAUUCUGAUAUUGGUAGUGAACAUCCUCUGUGCCAGGAAGCUCAUCCUGGUGAUGUACCUGUAGAGGACACUGGCUGUUUGCCUGAAAGCACCAUCUGGGAGGACAUCUUUGAUUAUGACUGUGAGGAGCCCGUUCGUGUUAAAACUACUGUACUUCACUGUAGCCCAAAAGAAAAUCACUUCUCUGUCCAAGCAUCUCCAGCUGAACAGGAGAACUCCAAACUAGAUGAGAGUAUAGACUUAUUUGGAGACGACGAUGAGAUGUUCAUCCAGGCCAGCAUGUUUGAUCCUUCUCAUGUCAUUGAGGAUACAAAGAAACAGAGUCCUGGGGUCUCCAUGGAGGAGCCUGGCAGCCUAGUGCAGCAGGUUAAAGAUGCUACUGCGAUAGGAAAAAAAGGAAGGGAAAACAAAUAUUUGAGGGAUCUGUCCUGCACACAUCACAGUGCCUCUCCAGAACGUGAAGACUUUGACUGUUCUCAGCAGCUUUUCUCUGUAAACUUUGACUUGGGUUACUCAAUUGAUGAGCCUGAUGAAGAGGACCUGGAUAAUGGCGAUGGAAAAGAGCAGCUCCCUGACUCAGUCAUCCAAGAGAAUACCAGCAACACUGUUCCCUUGACAAGUGACAGACCUUUACCAUUUCCACAGAAUUUAUCCAACAGCACUCCAGCCAACCACCAGGUCAAAGGACAGCCUUGGGUUUCAUUAGGGGCCCUUCCAGUCUCCCCUUUAGAAAGGCGGUGCCAGGAUGUGAGCUCUGGACCUUUCUCCACUUCUUCCCCCUUGUUCAGAUCCCCCAGAAGGACUGACAGCCAUGAGGGCAAGAAAGAAUUAUCUGGAAGUGGGAGGCACAUUAUUGCCCUGAAGGAGGGCUUAAGUUCCUUUAGAAGGUCUCUGCUGCAGUGUGGGGGGCCUUUCAGCAGGGAGAAGCAAGCUACUUCACCUACAGAACCCUGCAAGAAUGACAGUGAUGAAGAGGUGCUGGUUCAGCCACGGAGGCGACGGAGAGUCAACCCACUGGCAUCCCCUGAGGCUAAAACCUGCAGUGGCAUGCAGCCCCCUCCACGUGUGAUCCGACAUCAUGCAGCUACGUUGCAUACGUCAGAAGAGAGUGAGGGGGAGACUGUGUCAGAUGAGGACUUCCGUGACACCUCCAUCAGGCGCCCUAAAGCCCCCAGCCGCCAAAAUCCUGCCAUGCGGCAGAGCAGGGAUAAGGUGGCUGCAUCACCAGGGCGCCAGUUCCUGGACGACGAGGCAGAGCUCUCUGAACAGGAUGGGUCCAUCUCCCCAGAUGAGGGAGAAGGCGAUGAGUUGGCGGGAUCUCUAGAUGGGUUCGUGGUUGACACCAGCCACCUCUCCCAAGGCCUGAACGACUCGGAGAUGCAUGGGAUUUACCUGAAUUCUGUGAAGAGCCCGGCCCUCUUGAACAAGUACAAGAUGCUGUACAAGCCCACCCAUAACUUGGAUAUCUUCUCUCAGGUGCCAGAGCAAGAUGAGACGUACAAGGAGGACAGCUUUGUGGUGCAGGUCAGUGAUGUGGAAGACCUGGAAAGGGGAGAGGAGGAGGAAGAGGAGGAGAUUAGGGAAAUUGAGCUGCUCCCAGAGGAGUCCUUCAUCGGGGACCGCAGAGUUUACCCCACUCGCCGCUGGGCUCAACUCAGACAAGCGCGAGCAGCAGAGGGACAUAAGGAGGCCCACCCCAAAAGCUCUUCAAAACCCAAACGCUCCCGCAUCAUCCGCAUUGAUGAUUCCAGUGAGGAAGAAGACGAAGGCAAGAGGAGGAGGGUGAUUGGUGAAGGUUCUCCUGCCCCCUGCAGGCCACUGGACAAGCCAGAGGAGCAGCCGUUUCAAACUCCUCAAAUGGUGCCCCCUUCUGGUCUGGGAAAAGUAGCAGCAAGGCUCAAGGAGCUGGAAGGCCCUUCCCUUUUAGAGAGGUGCCAUCAGAGGCUCCAUAUUCAUUCCUCUGUGUCUGAAGUCCUGGACUUCCUCCCUUCGACCCCCAGCCCGACCCGGCGUGCGGAACCACAGCUAGAAGCACAAGCCCGUUGUUCCAACAGCUUUUUAAACCAAAGCGCACAGAUACAGAGGCCUGUAGGGGGUACAGUCUCUGGACAGCCUCUACCUGUGUCAGUGCUGGUGGACAGUCGCUGUGUUGCAGGUGGGCCUGAGCUGGUGUCCUUGCUGCGCCUGCGGCACGGUAUGAGAGUGCAGGUUUGCUCCCUGAACAGCUGCCACUUCAUUGUGAGCAACCGCAUGGCGGUGGAACGGCAGCCACAGUCGGAGGUAGCCAGCAGCUUAAACCGCAAGCGCCUCGCAGACCGGGUGCAAGGCCUUCAAGGCCUUUUUGACCGGGUCUGCCUCAUCAUUGAGAAGGACCGCAUUAAACCAGGAGAUGCAUCACGGCCUUUCCAGCAGUCUCGUUACUAUGACAGCACGCUGGCCCUGCUGCUUCAGGCAGGAGUCCGACUGCUGUUCAGUGACGGACCUGAGGAGACUGCUGCCCUGCUGGCCGAACUUGCCCAUUUGGAGCAGCGUAAAGGCCAGGCUGUUUCUGUGCCCACCGAGGUCACAGGGUACCAGCAGCAAUCCCUGCACUUUUACCUCACGCUGCCCUGCGUCAGCUACGUCACUGCCCUCAACAUGUGCCACGGGUUCCGCUCUUUGGGCCACUUGGUGGACAGCUCAUUGGAGGCCCUCAUGAGCGGAGCCUGCGUGAGCCGCCGCAGAGCCGAGGAAAUCUUCCGCUGCCUGCACUACCCCUGCGACGUCAACAUGCUGCCUGAUGCUGCUGCCUGCAGGAAGCACAGUCCCUGACUUUCAGCCUCUGCCCCAAAUCUUUGUGACUAAGGCCUCAGACUUGAAAAGGCAACUGCUGUCCAUUGAACUGCUUUUCACAUUCUGUUCUUUGUGUUGGUCUAAGGCAGAGUGAAGGAUUGUAGGUAAAUUUAAUAUAAAUCAAUUCACU